CCGCCCGGCCCGGCCCGCCUUAGUCAGCAACUUCCCGCCCGCCGCACCUGUCAGCGCGGGGCCGCCACACCGCCGUAAAGCGGCACCCACGCCACACCGCCGCAAAGCGCCACACCGCCGCAAAGCGCCGCCCCGCUGCCGCAAAGCCCCAACCGGGCAGCCUCCGUGCCCCACGAUGGAAAGAGAAGGAGCCGCUGGAGAGGAUCCAGCGAGGUGGAGGGUUUGGGGCAGCUCUGUCGUGAGCAGAGACUGCGCCUGGUUCGUGUGGAGAAGACUAAGAGAGAUCUCAUUAAAUCAUAGAAGUACCUCCAACGGGUGCCAGACUCUUCAGUAGUGCCCAGUGACAGGAUAAAGAGUAAUGGCCAUGAACAAAAACACGAGAAAUUUCACCUCAACGUGAGAAAAACUCCUUGACAUGAGUGUGGCAGAGCCCUGGGUCCGACUUGCCCAGGGAGGGCAUGGAAAAACCUACCUGGACCUUCCUGUGUCACCUGUUCUUGGUGACCCUGCCCUGGCAGGGGUUUCCACCGGGUGAUCUCCUGAGGGCACUAAGAACCCUAAAGUUUCUGUGGUUCUGUGAAUGUCCUUAUGAACAACAUCGUUAAGAAGAAAUUUGUCCCCGAUGAGGGUAGUAAGGCCCUGACAGGAUGCCCAGAGAAGCUGUGGCUGCCCCAUUCUUGGAAGUAUUGGAAGCGCGGUUGGAGGGGGCUUGGAGCACCGUGGGGCAGUGGAAGGUGUCGCUGCCCAGGGCAGUGGGGGGAAGGAGAUGAUCUUUAAGUUCCCUUCCAACCCCAACCACGCCACGACUGUUUCCGUGCCCCGCUGCCACACUGCCGUAAAGCGCGCCCUCGCGUCGGCCGGCACGCGCGCGCGGCGCUAGCCGUGGUUGGCCGCCACGCUGCCGUGCGGCGAGGAAAGUGUCGUGCGGGUGCCGCGGUGUGGCGGCGCGAUGUGGCGGGGCGCGGCCGCGGGGCUGCUGUGCCUGGCCGCCGCCUGGCUCCUGCGCCGCGGGUUCGAGCCCCGCGCCCGCCUGCUCCGCGCCGCCGAGCUGAGCCGCUACCGGGGCGCGCCGGGCGAGCCCGGGCUCUACCUCGCCCUGCUGGGACGGGUCUUCGAUGUGGAGCGGGGCCGCAAGCACUAUGGGCCCGGCGGCGCCUACAGCGGGCUCGCAGGCAGAGAUGCCACCAGGGCGUUUGCCAGCGGCGACUUCACCCCGGCAGGGCUGGUGGACACGGUGUCGGGGCUGUCACCCGCCCAGCUGCUCUCCAUCCACCGCUGGCUGAGCUUCUACCGCGACAACUACGAGCCCGUGGGGAAGCUGGUGGGCAGAUUCUAUGAUGAAAAUGGGGCACCCACAGAAGCCCUGAGGGAAGUUGAGGCUGCCAUUGAGGAAGCUCUCAAAUUCCAAGCAGAAAGUGAGCAGAGGAAGCAGCAGUUCCCACCCUGCAACUCUGAAUGGAGCUCUGCUACAGGCACCCGGUUCUGGUGCUCCAGACAGAGUGGGGGCGUGCCCCGAGCCUGGGCCGGAGUCCCGCGGAAGCUGUUCAGCCCCGGCCGGCAGGGGAGCAGCUGCGUGUGUGUGAGGAGCACGGGCCCCCCCUGGGGACAGCCACACUCGCAGCACGGCGACACUGGCGACCUGGAUGACCCUCAGCUGCAGCAGUACGAGGGCUGCCCUCCCCUGGCCGAGCAGUGUGUGCUGCCCCCGGGCUGACUGCAGCCCAGCCUUGCACUUCGGGUGGGCAGCUCCACCUUCACCCCUUCUGCUGUCCAUGCAGAGGGAGCAGUAACAAUCUCAUGUUAUUUAUCAUGCUUUUUUACACGUGGAGAUGGAGUUGAGUGAAGAAGGAAACACUUCAGCCAGGUUAGUGGCUAAAAAAUCAAGGAAAAGGAUGCUUUCUUUAUUUCUAUGGGAAAUAUUUUUGCACCUGGGAACAAACCAUAAGAUGCACAGCCUGAAUGGUAUUUCUGCACAUUUCUUGUGCAGUCAGGAAAUGGAUGUUUGAGUGCACAGUGGUUUAAGGCAGUGAGGUCAGUGAGCACAGGAACUGCUGCAGCAUCACUGCCUACUGUUGGUUCAGUGCUCAGGUCCUGCUGCAGGGCACUGCUGAUGCUCCUUCCCAGGCACCUGACUCACUCCAAGGAGUUUAAAGGUAGCAGGGAGUACCCUGAAUUUCCUCUUCAAUUAAGGGCUGCAGUAUCUAGGAACUUGCACAGUUUAGUUACACACAAGCUUUAUCAAGUUCUUGGAGUAGAGAAGGCAAAGGCCAGAGCUGUAUUUCCUCAUCCAGUGUUUGCAUUAGAUACUGUGCCAAGAUAUUGAAGCCACCUAUGAGAAUUGUUGUUUGAUAUUAACCUCACUCUCCUGGUCUGUGAUUCACCACUUUCAAAAUGUUCUGAUCAGGAAUGAGUAGUUUUAAAUAGCUUCCUUUUUGCUGCCUGGGUGGCAACAGAACCAUCCUACUGUAAUCUGCCUCCUGUUUCCAUUCUGGUAUAAGACUUCCUCCCAUCUGGUCUGUGCCUGUCAGACUAUAACCUGAGCUGGAUGUGCCCUUACAAGACCCAGCAGUCUUAAAAUCCAUACUCAGUGUAUCACAGCUGGCAGAAUUCAGCAAUAUGUGUGACUCCCAGAAAUGCAGGGCAGAUCAUUACCCCUUUCUGGGUGGGGCUAAAAGGGAGGAAGAGAUACCUGCACAGGGUUCAGGCACUACAAACCUCAAGCUGCAGGGAAGGAGUUGUUGGUUUUAAUGGAAUCUGCUGUUAAAAUCAGUUUUGGUGUAGCUGAGCUUUGAGAGAGAUGCAGAUCAGGGUCGAAUGGUGGCACAGAUCCUUGCUGAGUUGUGGUCAGUUCUCCUUCAGGCAGCUGCCACCUCUGUCUAAGCAGCUAGGAAGUCUUUAUAAACUGAUUUUUAGCUGCCAGCACCUCUAAAGAGAGGCCCAGAAUCGAAGUGAUUAGCUAGUUAAUUAGCAAGUUUAGUUAAUUAGCAAAGAGGCACCAUUCACUCCCUUGCAGGAGGACACAUUACAGCAUUUCUCACUGAUAAAAGCUCAGAGGAUGCUACAGCUACCAGGGAUGAAGCCACACACCAACUUAAACAUGUACAUGCUUGUUGUAACAAUGGGGGAAGGCAGGGGGCUGUGUUUUUAUUUUGGGGGGUUUUUACCUAUCAUCAUCCUGAAGAGAAGCUCUUCCAGCUCUGCCCUGCUGUGCCAGCUCAGAUCCCUCACAGGGGGAGCAGAUGUGUGGCAGAACCAAACCUCAGCCCUGGGCUUGAGCCAUCCUUGGGGGUGGAGUGAGCAACCAACUCAUUUCACACAAUGCUGCAGACCAAGCUUUGUAAAAAGUGCAGGAAAGAGCUGCAAAGCAGCACUUCACUGCCUCCACAACUCUGGCCUUUGCCACAUUUAAGAAGGCUUUAAAAAUAAAUUCCAUUUAAAGUAGUGAAACCAUCCACCCAAAUGAUUGGCAAGGGCCUUUAAAAGAGCUUUUUAAAGCUCUUUAAAAGUUGCAGCAAAUUCCAGACUAUUAAAUGCUCUAAGAAGUGGUUUGUGAAGGUGGACCUUCAGCUUGACUUUCUAAGCAAGUUUCAUCUUGCUGUAACACUCAAUCACUAUGCAAAUAGUGCUGAGGGGAUGGUUUUGAUAGCAAGAGCUACACAAAAAUCAAACUGCUGCAAAAAGUCAGGGCAGGAAGGUAUUGGUUCAAGUUGAAGUUAGUUGAAAACCAGUUCCCAGCUUAUUCCUCAGUUUAGGGUUUGGAAAGACUGGGGAGGAAGAGUUUGUCUUGCACUAGGAAUAAGUCACCUAUUAAAGCAAACAAGGAGCCACCCUCACUGACCUGAUGUGCUCCAAGACUAUCAUGCUUGUAACUCCAAUUCAGCAGCUCAGCUGGAUUUUGCCAUGGUGGAAAAGGGUGGGAAGAAAACAGUGAUAGCUACAGAGGGCUCUAGUCACAAAGACAGUGCUCUAAUAAAGCUCACCAUUUGUCUGUACUUCAGUAAGUUUUAUUAAUAAAAGACUAAUGCAUCACAAUCUCA